GACAUUUGGAACCCUCGUUUGGUCCCUUCCUCGGAUCCUGAAAGUGUUCUUCCCCAGUCGAUCUUCUCUCAAUCGAAGUGCAAUUCUUUCGAUUUUCGUAUCGGACGAUGACACAAUCUGGCGUUCUCGAUAUGUUGGAGAUAAAAAUUUUUGGUGGUUGUGUUUUCCGGAGAAUUUUCGUUUCUUCUCUUUUUGGAUAAAGAUCUUAGGGUUCUCAGUUUCCCAGACUUAUGGUUGUAAACUGGGAGAGAAAUGAAAGGAAAAACUUUGGGGCUGAAGAAAACCCCCUGGAAGUGGCUCUGGGGGCGAGGGACAGGGGAAUCUGAAUCUGUGGGCUGAUUGCUGAGAGAGAAUUGAAAGAAUUUUCAUAGAGCAGAAUGGCUAAUUGAUUGUAGUAAUAUGGGAAUUUAUCUGGAUUCUGUUACAGAAGUUAUGGGCAUCAGUAUUUUGCAGAUCCCCUGUAGAUAUGAAUGUGCUACGAAGUUUUCUGUUCUGACUAAUGCUCUUCUCUUCAAUUUCCAUUCGGAAUGAUUCUUUUAGGUACAGAAUGAUUUGAUGAGGGGGAAAUAUAAUGUUGCAGUGCCUAGAAGUUUUCAAGCAUUCACUUGGCAUCUUGUUAAAGUGCUGUGAUCUUGAUCUGUGCAAUCAACCAAAGGGACUUGAAGACCCUGAGGUUUUAGCCAGGGAAACUGUUUUUAGUGUAAGUGAGAUAGAAGCACUAUACGAGCUAUUCAAAAAGAUCAGCAGUGCUGUAAUUGAUGACGGCUUGAUCAACAAGGAAGAGUUUCAAUUGGCUUUGUUCAAGACUAACAAGAAGGAGAGCUUAUUUGCUGAUCGGGUGUUUGAUUUGUUUGACACAAAACACAAUGGAAUUUUGGGAUUUGAAGAGUUUGCUCGUGCUCUUUCUGUAUUCCAUCCGAAUGCUCCAAUCGAUGAUAAGAUUGAGUUCUCAUUCCAAUUAUAUGAUCUGAAGCAGCAAGGAUUUAUUGAAAGACAAGAGGUUAAGCAAAUGGUCGUGGCUACUCUUGCUGAGUCAGGCAUGAAUUUGUCAGAUGAAGUUAUCGAGAGUAUCAUUGAUAAGACAUUUGAGGAAGCUGAUACAAAACAUGAUGGAAGAAUUGACAAGGAAGAGUGGCGCAGUCUUGUCUUGAGGCAUCCUUCUUUGUUGAAGAACAUGACCCUUCAAUACCUCAAGGACAUUACAACUACCUUCCCGAGUUUUGUCUUUCAUUCACAGGUUGAUGAUACCUGAGUCUGAUUUUGUUACGACUUGAUUUUCCAUGACAUGCCAAGUUUGUGGAUGGUUAAUUCACUAUGGUGAAUGUUAUGAAGAAUAAAUAGUAAAUUGGCAACUAGCACUUGCUUUUACUUCUUUGUUUUCCUUAUAAUUUAUUAAAUUCUUUACCCAAGGCCUGUAAUAUGUGAAGGAAAGUACCAAGUUUGUGGAUUGUGAAAUUUGUGUUGCCCAGCAAUGUGAAGAAAAAAGAAAGAUAUGUGUGGUCUUACUUAAAGAA